AUGGUUGUUGCAGAGUUCACUUUAUGCAAUUUGACCGUAUCGCAUGUUGUUUCGGAGUCAACUACUGUCAGCGAGAUGAUUAGUGUGGUGAAACAAUACUGGCCUUAUGUACCUGAAGACCUCGUAGUUUUUAGUUACACUGUAGAUGGAAGAUCACAUUUUAAGAUUGUUGUUGAAUUUGUUCCAUCUUCUUCUUCUGUUGCUCCUUCUUCGUCAUCAUCAAGUUGUGUUUCAAACAACGAUGUGGCUAUUGUAGAAGAUUUGACGGAUGAUUCAUCUUUGGUCAAAAGGGUCCCCAAGAAGUCAGAUACUUGGGCCAACAUCUUAACCGGAGUAGGGCAUAUUUUUGAAAGUAAAAUUGAUUGUCGUGAUACUGUUAAGAAGUAUGAAUAUCAUAGUGGUUACAAACUUGAAGUAUGUAAGAGUGACAAGAAACGUUACAUUACGUUUCACGGAGAGCAUGCAUGUGAUUUAGCUUCUUCUGAUCCAGCAAAAGUCAGGAUGACAAAGUCUUUUUUGAAGGAUAUCUUAAUAGAUGAAUUUCGAGCAUCAAAUAAGAAGAAGACUGCAGCUGAUGUCCAAGAUCUUCUCCAUCAGGAAUACGGUAUUGAUCUCACAUAUAGUCAGGCAUACUAUGGUUUACAAUUCACUAAAGAGUCUCUUUUGGGUGAUGACAUCAAGUCCUAUUCAGACUUUGUUUGGUAUAAAGACUCAAUUGAACGUUAUAAUCCUGGAAGCAUCGUCAACUUUGAGGAUGAUGGUGUAACGAAGCAGUUCCAGAGCUUUUUUGUUUCUUUCGAAGCUUCCAUUACUGGUUUCAAUAAUUACUGUCGUCCGAUGCUAUUUAUUGAUUGCACUUUUCUCACUAGGAAGUUUAAGGGAGGUCUUAUGGUUGCUUGCGGGAAAACUGGUAACCAAGAGAUCUAUCCAGUUGCUUUUGGUAUUGUACCUUGCGAAAAUUGUGAGAGUUGGGAAUGGUUCUUAACCAACCUGAAGGGUAUUAUUAGGGAAGACCGUCCACUGACCAUCAUAUCAGACCGUGGAGCUGUCCUUCUGAAUCAUGUACCUAUUAUCUUCCCAAAGGCUUACCAUUCUUACUGUUUGUACCACAUGAAAUGUAAUAUUUCGGUUCCAAAGGGUAAGAGCAGGCAAACUGCUGUGAAGUUGUUUGAAGAGUGUUAUACUGCCUUAACAAAGGAGAAGUUUUUUGCUGCUACCAAGAGUAUGAGCAAUCUCAAGCUUGAUUCAGUGAUUGAUUGGAUGGUAAAGAUUCCAUUCGAGAACUGGGAAGCUCAUGCUUUUCAAGGAUAA